AUGGAGACAAUGCGAGAUACAGCUUUCGGCAAGCUAGUCCGGCUCGGCACUCGUUACAGAUGGAUGCAAUAUCCAGAAGAGCGCGAUGCCUCCGUAUGGCCUGAGUAUCUCAAGACAGAACCGGACAUAAAGGAAGAGGAGGAAGCUUCCACGCCGACAACCGAGAACGAAAACCCCGAAGAUCUGGAGGCUUUCGGCCUCUAUGCAGUAAUGUCUCAGUGCUCGAAUCGAUCAAGACGUAUGUCUACUGUAUCUACGCUUGAUGGUGGGAGAAAUAGCUCUUUGCAAACCAAUCAGUCUUUGGUUAUUAGCUGGCGAGGACCCGACGAUCCUGAGAACCCACAAAACUGGACCAAAAAGAAGAAAAUGUUCGUCAGUAGCUUAAUUUGGCUACUCACUUUUGCUAUCUAUGUGGGCUCCGCUAUAUACACACCUGGAAUACCAGGCGUCGCCGAACAAUUUGGCGUAAGCAAUGUUGCCGCAACCCUCGGUCUGACACUUUUCGUGGCAGGCUACGGCCUAGGACCCAUGAUUUGGUCACCCCUUUCUGAAAUCCCCAUGAUCGGCCGGAGCCCGACAUACGUUUUGACGCUUUUCGUCUUCGUCUUCUUCAAUUUCGGUGUCAUAUACGCAAAGAAUUUCGGGAUGUUCCUUGCAUUCCGAUUUCUCACCGGCUUCAUUGGAUCUCCAGCUUUAGCCACCGGUGCAGCCUCCAUGGGCGACAUGUGGAGCCCCAGGACGCGGGACUACAUGAUCGGAAUCUGGGGCAUGUUCGCCAUUUCAGCACCAGUCCUGGGUCCAAUGCUGGGUGGCUUCGCUUCUUCAGCAAAGGGCUGGACGUGGACUAUCUGGCAGCUGAUGUGGGUUUCAGCUUUCACCUUUGUUUUGCUAUUCUUCUUUCUCCCGGAAACCUUCGCGCCUAAUAUCCUUGCUCGUCGGGCCCGGCGAGUACGUCGUAUCACGGGAAACUCGCAGUAUAUGUCUGAGUCCGAGAUCGAGAUUAAAGAAGUCAGACCAAUGGAUGUUAUUUUUGAAUCCCUCGUACGACCUUUCCAACUCUGCUUCCUCGAACCGAUCGUCCUUCUCCUCAACCUCUACAUAUCGCUCAUAUACGGUAUCCUGUACAUGUGGUUUGAAGCCUUCCCAAUUAUUUUCGGAGAAACCCACGGCUUCAACCCCGGCGAAACCGGGCUGGCCUUCAUGGGAAUCCUAGUCUCAACCUGUUGCAUCACCAUCCCAGGCUACUUCUACUGGAAAUAUCGAUACCAAUCGCAACAUUUUGAUAAAAACGGAAAUAUCGCGCCCGAAAUGCAAAUGCCACCAGCCUGCGUGGGUGCCUUCGCCCUACCAAUUUCACUAUUUUGGUUUGGCUGGACAGGAAACUUUGAGAGCGUCCAUUGGAUUGUACCGAUCAUUGCUUCUAUGCUAUUCGCAGUUGGUGGCUGUUUGAUUUUCAACUGCAUCUUUUGCUAUCUUGCGCAUGCUUAUCCAAAAUAUGCGGCGUCUGUUCUUGCCGGGAAUGAUUUCAUGCGAUAA